AUAAAGCGGGAGAGUGAAGAAAGAGGCGCGUGUGAGAGGGAGAUUGGAAAUGGUGUGUGUGCAGAAGAAGUUUGGUUUCGUGAAGUGGAGUUGAUUUGAUUGAUUGCCAUGGUUCGAGCGUCGGUGAAGUUGAGUUCGGCGAAGUUGGUGGUGAUCUGCGUGGGCCUAUUGGGUUUUGCUCUCGUCGCCGAUUUUCUAUGGGCCUCCACCUCUUCGACGCUUCUCACUUCCAAACCCUCCACAUUCGUCGUCCCUGACAACAAAAAUCACAAAAAUGCCACCGCUUCUGGAAGGUUCCUCGCCGCCGCUUACGCCGAUUUGGAUGCGCCCAACCUCCACUGGGAGAAGAUGGCUCCGUGUCCCGUUCCUCGCCUUGACGGAGCUGCCAUUCAGAUUCGCGAUCUCCUCUUCGUCUUCGCCGGUUACGGCACCAUCGAUUAUGUGCAUUCUCACGUUGAUGUGUACAAUUUUAGUGAUAAUACUUGGGGAGGGAGAUUCGACAUGCCGAAAGAGAUGGCGCAUUCGCAUUUGGGAAUGGUGACCGAUGGUAGAUACAUUUAUGUCGUCACUGGACAGUAUGGCCCGCAGUGCAGAGGUCCCACUGCUCGUACAUUUGUGCUCGACUCUGAAACCAGGAAAUGGCAGGAUCUACCUCCGUUGCCGGUACCUAGGUAUGCACCAGCAACUCAACUUUGGAGAGGUAGACUUCACGUGAUGGGGGGCAGCAAGGAGAAUCGGCAUACGCCCGGAUUAGAACACUGGAGUCUUGCUGUGAAGGAUGGAAAAGCUUUAGAAAAUGAAUGGAAGGCUGAGAUACCGAUUCCUCGUGGUGGGCCUCACAGGGCUUGUGUUGUGGUUGAUGAUCGUCUUUAUGUUCUCGGUGGUCAAGAAGGUGAUUUUAUGGCCAAACCCGGGUCACCUAUUUUUAAGUGUUCACGCAGACCAGAGGUGGUCUAUACUGAUGUUUACAUGCUGGAUGAUGAGAUGAAGUGGAAAACGUUGCCUGGAAUGCUAAAACCAAACUCACAUAUUGAAUUUGCUUGGGCGGUUGUAAAUAACUCCAUUGUCAUUACUGGAGGCACAACAGAGAAGCACCCUGUAACCAAGAAGAUGGUUUUAAACGGAGAAGUAGUCCAGUUUAACUUGAAUACUUUGAAGUGGUCAGUGAUCGGAAAAUUACCAUUCCGAGUGAAAACCACUCUAGUCGGAUUUUGGAAUGGAUGGUUGUACUUCACUUCAGGACAGAGAGACAAGGGACCUGAUGAUCCAUCACCCAAAAAGGUUAUUGGAGAGAUGUGGAGAACAAAAUUAAAACUCAAUGACUGAGCAAUUGCUGUGGAAUCUUUCAGUAGCGUCUUUCUCCAAUAGCAGAGGCAAAGAGGCCAAAACAUAGCACAUUCUUUGUCAAUACCAUAUUCAUCGUUGUUGUAAUUCUGAGAAUGACUGUAACUUAAUUUCACAUUGACCGUUGUAAUCAAUUUUUUACCACUCGGCUUUUGUAUUCCCCCAUCCUAUAUAUUUUUUGCUUUUCUAUUCAAGUAAAUAUUGACAAAACAAUUUAGUUUAUACCAAUUGUAAUUCUUAUAGGCUUAUUAUUGAA